UUCCUACAAAACCGCAAGGUAAGCGCACGGUUUCUUCACAACACAAGUUGUUCCAAAUAGCACAAGAUUCAAAUUUUUCAAGCAAAAAUCAAAAAUAAAUCAAAAAUCGUAAACAAUUUGACGUGUGUUCUCGCAAAACUUCUAACGAAAUUCGCUGCCAAUCAUUUUGCAUUAAUUAGCGAUGUCAUAUGAAUUAAAGUGCACGCUUAUGACAUUUAUUGUUUUGUUUUAUUUCAAUUACAUCACUUCGGCUGAGGCAUAUCCCUGGCAAGCCGAUCAUGAACGUUAUGACGCCAGCUUGGAUCCGGUCAUUUGGUCACGCGCCUUCGUCAAAGAUAAUAUACGUCGCCCCCGACAGUUUGCCACAUUUCCCGCUGCGGCCGGUGGAAAUAAUGAAAUCCAAUUGAAUAAUCGCUUUUACGAAUUCCAACAACACUUCAUCGACUCGAAUCGCGCAGCAAGCGGUAUAUUGCGUGAUGAAAAGCAUCAUGCAGAAAGUUCGGGUAAUUUUGGCGAACGUCGCAGUGGCGCGUUGGCAGCCGAAAACGAUUGGAAUGCAAUCGCUCAUGCGGAGUACAGGUCGAGAAAUAACCGCAAGUCGAGUUUAAAUCGCUCAAAAACGCAAUUCAGAAGAAAACGUAAUCACAUACGCUAAAUAAUUAACCUAAUAGAUAGUGUUUCUGUAUGAGUUGUGUUGUAGUGAUAAUUAAAUUUUUGUAUUAAUUAUGUGGUAGUUAGUUUGUUAUAAGAAUAAUUAUAAUAUCGAAAAUUAUAAUUAUUUAUUGUUGAAACUUAAUUAUAAAAUUUAAACUUAACUUAAGUAUAUUUUUUUGAUAAAUUGAUUAGAAAAUAUAUACCAAUUUUGUUUAUUUAAACAAGUUUAGUCAAUUAAAUUACGACUUUACUUCAUAAAAUGUAUAUACUUAUUACAUUUUGACUGUUACUGUUUAUUUUUAUAAUUUAUUUAGGAGGUUAUUUUAUGAAGCAUUUUUUCGCACAUGUAGGUAGAGCUGACAUUACAACAUGACAAUCCACUCAUAUCCAAUAUUUAUUUCAUCAUUGAAUAUAGUAAGCCUCGAAAUAAUGGAAAACCAAUAAAAAAACGUUAACUUCGGAUGCACUAAUAUUGUAAUAUCCAGGUGUAACAGGUGCAUUUUUUAUAGCAUAAACGGAUU